AAAGGACGCGGCGUCGGCGAAGCUCCAGGCGCGGUACCGCGGCCACAAGGAGCGCGCGAACCCGUCGGAGCCCGAGCACGUGAAGCAGGACAAGUCCGCCGCGAAGCUCCAGGCGCGCAUCCGCGGCAAGAACGAGCGGACGAACCCCUCCGAGCCGGCGCACGUCAAGGCGGAAAAGGACGCGGCGUCGGCGAAGCUCCAGGCGCGGUACCGCGGCCACAAGGAGCGCGCGAACCCGUCGGAGCCCGAGCACGUGAAGCAGGACAAGUCCGCCGCGAAGCUCCAGGCGCGCAUCCGCGGCAAGAACGAGCGGACGAACCCGAAGCCCCGGCCGGCGAAGAUGACGCGCCAGGAGUCGACGAAGGCGACGUCGCAGGGCCGCAAGGACCGCGUCUCCUUCCUGAGCGGCGACGACGAGGCGGCGUCGAGGCUCCAGGCGCGCAUCCGAGGACACAACGAGCGGACGAACCCGAAGCCGCGGCCCGAGAAGGCGGCCAAGCCCGAGCCCGCGCCCGAGCCGGACGCGGACCAGAGCGCGGCCGCGUCGAAGCUCCAGGCGCGCAUCCGCGGCCACAACGAGCGGGCCAAUCCCUCGGAGCCGGAGCACGUGAAGCAGGCGAAGGCGGAGCAGGCGGAGAAGGACGCCGCCGUGGCCAAGCUCCAGGCCCGCACGCGCGGCCAUCAGGAGCGGGCGAAUCCGUCGGAGCCCGAGCACGUCAAGGCCGAGAAGGACGCGGCCUCGGCGAAGCUCCAGGCGCGAUACCGCGGUCACCAGGAACGCGCGAAUCCCUCGGAGCCCGAGCACGUCAAACAGGCGAAGGCGGAGCAGGCGGAGAAGGACGCCGCCGUGGCCAAGCUCCAGGCCCGCACGCGCGGCCAUCAGGAGCGAGCGAACCCGUCGGAGCCCGAGCACGUCAAACAGGAGAAGGAGGAGGCCACGGCGAAGCUCCAGGCGCGGAUCCGCGGCCACCAGGAGCGCGCGAACCCGUCGGAGCCCGAGCACGUCAAGGCCGAGAAGGACGCGGCCUCGGCGAAGCUCCAGGCGCGAUACCGCGGUCACCAGGAGCGCGCGAAUCCCUCGGAGCCCGAGCAC